AUGGAUGGCAAAUCGUCCGAAUACCCUCGAGGUGACGUCCAGGCACUGCAGCAUGUGGAGUAUCCAUGUCCUGUGUGCAAGGAUCGAAGGUAUAAGACGGAGCAAGGUUUCACUGAUCAUCUGAGAAACGAACACCACAUAUUCUCAUGUUCAAAAUGCGAGAAAAUCUUUGCGGCUGCAGAUGACUUGCUUCGACACAAGGUCGAAGCAGGACAUACCGGGCCCCCCAAAAUCAAGUCCAAAGUGAAAAGCAAGCCUGGCAAGUCCAACGACAAGGUCAGGUCAAUCUUACGGGCUGUUUCCUCGCCUGCAAUGGCAGACGAGUUGUCGACCCAGGUGCCAGAGCAGCACCAUCCCCCACCUCGCCGGCCCCGUCGAUCAACCGCCCAUGCACGUCAACCAUCUACUGAGACCCGCAAGCCACAUGCACAGACCCGUCAGUCAACCAGGCAGGUCCCUGGAUCACCGAUGCGAGCCCCUCAGUCGCCUAUUCAAGUCCGCCCAGCUCGAGGGCACUUCUUUGAACCACGGCCACGCGCUCAAGACUUGCGGCAAAACAAACCAUCUCGACCACAAGGCCAAGUGUGCCAACCGCGAGAUCAAGUCUCUCAGCAAUGUGAUGUAGUCUCUCAACCACGACUGGAGGCUCUCCAAGCCCCGAUAGGAGUUCAUCCAGCAGCCUCUCAAGUCUACCAUGCACCUCCUCAGACCUUUCACCCACAAGCUCCAGUCUUGCCUCCAUGCAAUGCAGUGUCUCAGCAACCAGUGGGCUUUCCCCAAAUCCCGAUAGCGUCCUAUCAACCACCUCCUCAGGUCUUUCAACAACACACUCCCAUCGUUCAAGUUCCUGGGAACGCAUACCAAGCAGUGGUGUAUCCAGGAGGUUAUCAAUCGCGUCAGAUACCAACUCAGGUCUACCAUACACCCACUGACGCCUCUCAGACACCCGGUCAGGUUCAUCAAUCACCUGCUCGGGGGUCCAACAACCAGCUGCGGGUCUAUCAACCCCCGCCUGGAGUCUCACCAUUCCCGCUGCAGAGCUCACCACGAGCCCAGGAAGCCUUCCAGCCCCGGUUGCAAGGCUCUCGGCCCUUGGAACACUCUGGGUCCCCUACGCGGGACUCUCAACAAGCGGCAGUCCCCCAGUCCCCUGAACAGGGCUUUCAGUCCCUGGAGAAAUCACAGCGCGCCGAGGUCUUUCGGCUCCCAGAGCAGGGCCCUCAGCAAUCAGAGGCCACUCGGUCCGCGCAACAGGACCCUCGGUCCCUGAAGAAGUUCCGGUCCCCAGUGAAGUCAUGUCAACAAGCGAAGCAACUUCCCCAAUUACCGAUGCAUCUGUCCGCGCAGGAGACUACCCCAGCUGAGGAAAAUGACACGGAAAGGCGGGCACAGGAAACACCAGCAACACCAUCAACGGUCGCUACAACGUCAUCCCAUUUCAUUCCCCCGACAACAACCAACCCCACUUUCUCGCUAGUGUACGGUGAAAUGAAGAACCGGUGGACCGACCUUGAACCAGAGGAGCAAACCCUAAUCCUCAGAUACCUCCUGGGAAGGUGCCACCCACCGGCCCGUCUCCAUUGCCAGGGUUACAAAACCCCGAAGACCAUCCGCACUGCAGCAUGCACGAAGCGCGGCGAGCCACACCAAGCGCACACUUUCACUGGCGGCUCGGCGCAUCGAAAGGCCAUUGUGGUAGGCUGUGAAAUGAUCGAAACAACAGUCAGCACCAGCGUCCUGGCCUUCAUAACGGCCAUCGACUUCCUGACCGGUGAGGUGCUUAUCAACAGCUACGUCGCGCCAACGGCGCCCGUCACAAACUGGCUGACUCCAGUCAGUGGCAUUACGCCCGAAGCAAUGGACGCGGCGAUCACGGAUGGCAAGGCCUUCCUAACGAAUGAUGCUGCGCGCCGUGCGCUGGACAAGUUCCUCGAUAAAGAUACGGUGGUCAUUGGUCAUGCCCUCCAGCAUGACCUGCGUGCUCUGAACUUGUUGCAUGGUCGGAUUGUCGAUACCUCUGUUGUCACAGCUGAAGCUGUGUUUUCCAGUUUUUCUUCCAAGACAACGCUCCCCCGGAUCUGGGGGUUGAAGACCCUUGCAAAGGAGCUGCUGGGUAUCGAUAUUCAGCCUGAGUUGGCACACAAUCCCCUUGAGGAUGCCCUGGUAACCAGGGAAGUUCUGAUCUGGUGUCUGCGUGGCCCUGAGUGUCUGAAGGCCUGGGCUGAGAAGGCUCGUAGCUCGUACGAGCGGGUGCGGCUUCAGAGAGGGGAAAACAAGAAGGGGAAGAAGAACGUGGAGAAGAAGGCUGGUGGUGAAACUGCCCCCUCGGCUAAAUCCCAGGGCAAGAAGCGCCUCUCAAAAUGA